AUGAUUCGAUUAGUUAUCGCUGACACCAUAAAAGGACCUCGAAUAUGGUGCCCCGACAAUACGAAUAUGCGUCUCCUCAUCGCUCUCCUCGUUCUCCUCCCAAUCGCCUGCAUGUCCACACACUUGGACUAUGACCAAUUGCUACUAAACGACAUCGGAGGACCCAACCAUGCGUCUUUGGGUCUCGAUCGGAAAUCGUACCAUUCCGAAAUCGGACCCGAGAAUCCGUUCGUAAGAAAACCGAGUGUAGUUGAUGAGUUCGAGCCGUAUUACGGAUCAGCGCUGAAGGAGAACAAUGAGGAACUAGUGGAAAGGAAGAGAGGAAGAGGACGAUCAGGUGGACUAUUUAGCAAAAUCUUGAGAGCCGGCAUAGACGUCUUGAAAAAUAUGAACUUCAAAAUGGGAGAUAUCUAUUUGGGAGGAGCUCGACCGCAACAAAUGGGACCACCCCAAUAA